GCAGUAGCCGGCGACCAGGAAUUUUCCAAGUCAGGUCAAAUCAGAAAUUUUCCACGAUGGAGAUGGAGACGGAAACGGCGAGUCCGUUGGUUCGUUUAUGCUUAGAGGAAGCUUGCAAGAGCAGAGACGCGGUUGGUCGAUGGCGUCUUCAGCGUCGUAGCCUUGAGCGUCUGCCUUCUCACCUCGCCGAUGCUCUUCUCCGCGAGCUCCUCCUCCGCCGUCUGCUUUUCCCUUCGCUACUCGAAGUAUUCAAAUAUUCUGUGGAGAAUAUAGAUCUCCGAGGGGAAAGCUCCGUUAACGGAGAGUGGAUGGCGUACGUUGGAGGCUUUGUUAAUCUGUUCUCUCUGAAUCUUUCAGAUUGUCCCAGAAUCAAUAACUCCACGCUCUGGCCUAUCACAGGAUUGACAUGUUUGAAGGAGUUGGAUCUUUCGAGAUGCUCAAAGGUAACGGAUGCUGGUAUAAAGCAUCUUCAGUCGGUUGUGAAUUUGGAGAAGUUGUGGAUUUCGCAGACGGGAGUUAAGGAAGCUGGGAUCUCUCUUCUUGCUUCACUCAAGAAAUUGUCUCUUCUUGAUUUGGGUGGCUUACCUGUUACUGAUCACAACUUGAGCUCCCUCCAGGCACUGACGAAGCUAGAGUACCUUGACAUCUGGGGAAGCAAUGUAACCAACCAAGGAGCUGUCAGUAUUCUCAAAUUUCCAAACUUGUGCUUUCUUAAUCUCUCGUGGACCAGCGUCACACAAGCUCCAAACAUUCCGCAUCUUGAAUGCUUACUCAUGAACAAGUGUACCGUUGUCUCCAUAUCAAGCACACACAGCUCCAUAUUAGCUUCCUUGAAAAAGCUCGUUUUGUCCGGAGCUACGUUCAGUGCUGAAACCGAGGUCUUUUCCUUCACCAGCAAAAGCUCUAUAACCCACUUAGACGUUUCCAAGACUUCUAUCCAAGACUUCAGCUUCUUAGAAACUAUGACUAAGCUGGAGCAUCUUGAUCUGAGCUCAACAGCCUUCGGGGAUGAUUCUGUUGAGUUUGUGUUAUGCCUUGGUGAUACUCUUACGAAUCUCAAUGUCUCGCAUACAAAAAUCACUUACGCUGGGGUUGAAAUUCUUUCCGGACAUGUCCCGCGGCUCGAGACAUUUUCUCUGUCCCAGACAUAUAUCGACGAUCUGUCCAUCUUGUGUAUCAGCACCAGGAUGCCUUGCAUUAAAGCCCUUGACUUGAGCAGGACCAGCAUCCGAGGAUUCAUCCAGCAACAAUCUUCACAAGAAGAAGAAGAAGAAGCAAAGCCGUCUCUAACAGCACUAAAGUCUUUAACUGCCCUUACAACCCUGAGUCUAGAACAUCCGUACCUAAGCGACAUUGCUCUCUCCCCUCUGAGUAGCCUUACCGGCUUAACACAUUUGUCCCUGAAAAGCAAAUCCCUCACAGAUUCCACACUCCACCAUCUCUCGUCUCUCCCAAACCUAGUCAGCCUCGGCUUUCAAGAUGCAGUGUUGACCAACCUCGGUCUCGAGACGUUUAAACCACCGUCAAGCCUGAGAACACUCGACCUCAAAGGCUGUUGGCUUUUAACCGAAAAUGCUGUCACCGGUCUCUGCAAAAAGCACCCUCACAUCAAAGUGAUGCAUGAGUUUGCUCUAGAAUCUUCCUCUCUCGACCAAAACAAAAUUCUUCAUCGGUCUUCUCCUCCGCAGAGUGUCGCAAAGGUAGGAAGGAGGAAGAAUAACCAGAGCCCGGAGACUUCUGCUGCUGUCUCCAGAAGUUUCAUAGAUCAGAGGGUGAAGUAUAACAGGGAAGACUUGUUUGCUCUACAAGAUUCCCCCUUAUCGCGUUUGCUUCCACGGGAAGGAGAAUUUUUCAGCGUACCGGAGAUUCUAGCUGAUGAUAAGUCAGUGAUCUAGUUGAUGAACAAGUUGUAUUUUAGCAUCACCUGAAAAAGACCAUCUUAGCAUCUGUCUUGUUGACAGAUAGCCUCAUUUUCUCUUCCUCGAGUUUGCAAGGCAGUUUUGCAUUUUGGCAGAAACCGCAAAAAAAAAUAAAUUGCAUCAGUUUUUAACA